AUCAACUCCAUACUAUCAAUUGGGAGAGAAUUUGUAUGUCGAAAAAUCAGAGAUCUUUGAUCGAAACAAGGGAAACAAGAAAAACACUCAAUUACACUGCCAUAUCCCUUGUUCAAGAGUUAUUGGAGAAGUAGACAGUAUAUAGCAAGCAACACGUAAGGGUGGUAACUCCGAGACCCAUGCAAAUGCAAUUGUGCUAUGGCCUCUCCCUUUUUCCAUUUCUCUCCAUCAACAACCUCUAUCUCUCAACAACAAAAUCAAACCCAAAUUCAACCUCCAUCUUUUUUCCCUCUUUUGAAACCCUGAUUCCAACAACUGCUGACCUCCAAGGACCUCAACAACCCCAACAGUAAGAUUUUACAGUAUUGAGGGUCAAAUGGAGGAAUCUCUUUCGAUGGGUAAAUGGUGCCUCGUUUUGUGAUCAAUCAAAUUCAUUGAUAGGAGGUAAUGAAUAUUUAUUCAUUUGUAUUGCUGGGAAGCCCUGUGAUUGACCUCUCUCAAAAUGGGAAUGCACAGGAGUUUUUUCCAUUGGGGUUGUCCUUUUCUUAUGUUGUUGUUGCCAGAAAGUACAUAGGGGCAUACAUUUUUUGUGGAUGAAUGCAAAGCAGAAAGGGAGGUUCUUGAAUGAUAUAUACAUAUAUAUAUAUAUAUAUAUUGCCUACAAAACCUCUUUCUUGGCAGUUUUAAGCUGAUUUUGUAGGCAGUGGAAUACUAUAAUUGCAAAGGUCCAAUUGAGGUUUUAUGUGGGGAAAUUUUGUUUUGUGAGCUCAUUGUCCAUGUGUUUCGAGAAGUUAUAGUAUCGUCAGUAAUGAGCUCUAUGCGGUACUGACAAUUGGGUCGGUGCAGAGCUCGUUCGUUUAUCUUCCUUCGGCUUCAUUUGAAAAAAAAUGACCAGUGAGUCAUCUGGUACUUUAUCUGAAUUCUUUCAUGAUGGUGCCCAAGAUGACAUAAAUUAUAGGGAUACAAAUGUGCAUAAUGUUUCUGUAGAGACCGGGGAAGUAUUUUCUGCAGAGUUUACACCGAAAAAUGCAGCCAAGAAAGGUAACCAAGUGAGGGGGGAUGGUUUUACCAUUGCUCAAAAUGAUCUUGUAUAUGAGGAGCUUGGAAUUCAAAGAGGUUGUGAGAGUGGUAUGGAGUUCUUGGAUUUUUCUCCUAACAAUGGAUAUGCGUUAAGAGGCAAUUACAGAGCUUAUUUGGAUAGCAUGAGUAGCUAUGCAAUGGAAAUUCCUGGGAAAGGGCAACAUCGAGCAAGGUUCGCAGACGAAAGCAAAGGCGAUAGAGCUAGACCGGGAUCGCCUCUUCAUGCAUCGAAAUCCCUACAUUCGUUUUACCCCUACAACCAUAGUCCAGAAGUUUUGUACAAUUCUUUCUCCGGAAAAAUGAAAUUUAUCUGCAGCUUUGGAGGAAGAAUUUUGCCCAGGCCAAAUGAUCGUAGGCUUAGGUAUGUGGGCGGGGAGACUAAAAUGAUAUCGAUUAGGAAAGACCUAACUUAUAACGAACUAGUGAAAAAGACGACAGCCAUUUGUAAUCAUCCUCACACAAUAAAAUACCAGCUGCCUGGCGAAGAUCUUGAUGCACUUAUAUCCGUGACUUCUGAUGAGGAUCUCCAUAACAUGAUAGAGGAAUUUCAUGAUUUGGAAAGAAGUUCACUACGGCUACGGCUAUUUCUUGUGCCUCCCUCUGAUGCCGAGAGUCUUUGUUUACAGCAGACCGAUGCUGACUAUCAGUAUGUUGUCGCAGUUAAUGGCAUGAUGGAGCCAGGUCUUCCAAGGAACUCGAGCCGAGAGAACUUGGCAAGCCAAAUAAGCCAGUGUGGAAAUAUUAUGGACUAUAGUCAAAGUUGCCAAAGAGACACUCCUCCUUCAUUCCAUCCAUUUGAGAGGCGGAACAGAACCAAAGCAAUGAACAUAUUAGUCCCGAAAAAUCCCACUGCUCAUUGGUUUAAUGCAUCAUCUCAGACCCCUCCCAAGUCAUACGUUCAAUCUCCUCCUUUGUCUCCACCAACAGGUCAGUUUAAAGAUCUCAAACGUUCCCCUAAUAAUUUUGCAUCUCCUGAUGGCCAUGAAUUCUAUAGUCCAUAUGCUGUGGACAAACCACAAGCAGCAUAUGAUAAUUCUUAUAAUCUUGGCAACUCAGGAUAUUGCUAUAAUCAUCCCUCUGAUGCCAUGCCAUUGAGUUAUUACCAAAAAGAGAACACUCAUUUGUUGGAAUCAAACAAGGCUUCUGAGCCCUUUUCUCAAAAUCGUACAUUUAAACGUUGUAUGACUUUUCAACCUUCUUAUCAGAAUGAUUUGGACUGCGAAAUGUCUGUGUCAAAAGAUAUACCACUGCAUUCUGAAAGGCUAAUACAUUCUCGAGACAUUAACUUGCUCCCUAGCCCUAGAGUAGGUUUUCAAGCUAAACCCGGUUAUGGAAUGCAUCAUGCAAUAUCUGAUCCACAACUGCUAUGUGAAGAGAGAUAUAAUGUCACUUCCAUAGAAACAAUAAGCCCAGCCCCUUCAAACUUUAGUGGAGAGAUGUCUCCCUCACUUGAAAUAUUUAGUACUUCACCGGAAAUGUCAAUGCAAUGGCCAGAGCUGAGAGACCAGAAACAGUUAAUGACUAAGAAUGAGCAUCAGAAAACUCUUAAAGAACCAGAGUUUAACAAAGAAUAUGCAGAAUGGGAUCCAAAUUCAAUAAAUUGGAUAAAGCAGAAGAAUGCUUUUUCACCUCAGGAAGGAUCUUAUUUUGGAAUUAAGGAUAUCUGCACGCCAAAAGCUUAUGGAGGCAGGAACUCUUCUAAACCACUUGUUUCUCCCAGUAAUUCAACAACCAGUUGCAGAGAGAACUGCAAUGAUCCUAAUACUUGUUGGGAAACAACUUCAAAGCCACAAGUCGGUGAAAACAGAACUUUUGCUCCACCGCCUAUUAGGGAGCAAUGCCAUGAUCUCAACUCUAGUGCUAAACUUUUCUUUGUGAGACCAAAUGAAACCACAAAUGAGAAGCAUGCUGCAUCUGGAACAACAAAAAACACUGAGGAUGGUUUCUGCUUAUCACAUGAACUGCAACCUGCUUAUCACAUGAACUCCACAGAUACAUCUGGCUUCUUUUUAGACUCGAACGAUCCCCGUAUUACUGACAUACCAUUUCCAAAUUCAGCUUCAGGUGCUGCUUUUGCACAAAAUGUUGCUAUCCGUGGGAAUAUAUCCAAUGGUAAACUGGAAGAGGAAAACUGUGAUCGAAUUUCUAACCAAAAACAUGAUUCUGGGGAUGAAGAAUUUUUUGAAUUUCAACUCUCAGAUAAUUCUCAUCACUGUAGAGUCCAGGAACAGAGGAUUCUUGGGGAAGGUAAUGCCAAUAACACACCUCCUGAUGCUCCCUUAUCUUCAUCUGUUGUAUCACGUGUACAAGACGAACCCAGUGAUGGGCUUCCACCCCUUGGAGAAAACAGAGAAUCUGAGAGUGUUCCCACCAAACCUGCCUAUAAGGAUGACAAAGUUGAUGGUGAUAGUGAGGGCUUAUCUAUCGGUACAAAUAUUGAAAUGGAGGCAGGGAUAUAUGGUUUUCAGAUUAUAAGAAAUAGUGAUCUUGGAGAAUUACGUGAGUUGGGAUCUGGUACAUUUGGAACUGUAUAUCAUGGAAAGUGGAGGGGAACAGAUGUUGCUAUCAAGAUGAUAAAAGAGAGCUGUUUUGCUGGCAGAUCAUCUGAUCAAGAGCAGUUGACUAAAGAUUUCUGGAGGGAGGCUCAGAUUCUUUCCAAACUUCACCAUCCAAAUGUAGUAGCAUUCUAUGGGGUGGUUCCUGAUGGACCUGGAGGAACAAUGGCUACAGUUACUGAAUACAUGGCUAAUGGGUCACUGAGACAUGUUCUUGUGAGGAAGGAUAGAACUCUUGACAAGCGCAAAAAGCUUAAGAUUGCAUUAGCUGCUGCUUUUGGUAUGGAGUACUUGCAUACGAAAAAUAUUGUUCAUUUUGAUUUGAAAUGUGAGAACUUACUUGUCAAUUUGGGAGAUCCUCAGCGACCAGUAUGCAAGGUUGGUGAUUUUGGACUGUCAAGAAUAAAACGGAACACUCUUGUUUCGGGUGGUGUUCGAGGAACGCUUCCAUGGAUGGCGCCCGAGCUAUUAAAUGGAAACAGCAGUCGCGUUUCUGAAAAAGUUGAUGUUUUCUCAUUUGGCAUAGCAAUGUGGGAGCUCUUGACAGGAGAGGAACCAUAUGCAAAUAUGCACUGUGGUGCCAUCAUAGGUGGCAUCCUAAAUAACACUCUUAGGCCUCCCAUCCCUCAACAUUGCGAUCCCGAGUGGAGAAAGUUGAUGGAAGAUUGCUGGUCAUCUGAUCCAGCGGCAAGGCCAUCGUUUACUGAAAUAACAGGCCGAUUGCGUGCCAUGUCUGCAGCUCUCCAUCCGAAGACAAGAGCGAGGAAAUGAGAUUAUACGUUAAACGUAAGUCUUACGAACAAACUCGAGCAGAAAAAUUAUACACGCCCAUUCGCUGUCUCUAUUAAACAAGUUAACAAGCUACAUUCAUAAAUGUAAAUAUUGUAAAGUAUUAAGUUCUGUACAUUGAAGAUAUGAAUGAGAUACCAGAUAGUUUGUCUAAAUAUGUUAUUUUGUGGUGCACUCUUAUUCAAUUGCCUACAAAACUUAUUGCUUAAUCUUUAUUGUGGUGUUCUGUACA